AAGAAAAUAAAAUUAUAUAAGGUCAAAGAAAUAUUUUAUAUAAAAUAAAAAGAUAGCUUAUUGUUAAACAAUUAUAAAGGAUAAAAUCGCAAUUAUUGGCGAUAUCUAAACUGAAAGAUUGAAGGGCUACGAACUGCUCUAGUGAAUAUCAAUUGGCAAGUAGAAGGAAACUCCGGUAUCUAUUCGUAAUACUCAAGAUUGCCAGUUCGAGAGAUGAAACCACAAUGUAGCGGCAGGUCGACUGUAAGUCGACGUUAGCAUCUCUUGGUUGGGUGACUAGUGCCUACUACGAACGCGUGGUGGGAGCUGAUUGAGUGGGGAUAGCGAGUCGGUCGCGGGGAGUUAUGAAUGAGUCGCGAAGUCCUGAACCACCGUAGAUCCCGGCGGUGAGGGGCAAGGAGCCGCGCUGGAGAAACAGCAAGCAGGAGGAGGGAAAAGAGAUAAUGGACGCGAAGGAGGUGGCGGUGGCGGUGACUGAUGAUGAAGAGAAGGAGGAAGAAUAGAAGAUGGGAAAAAGUAUCCAAGCGCGGGUGAUCGAGGAAGGGCGUGAAUGGUGGGGGGAUUGGCCGAAAGCGGGGUGCGGGCCACGUGCUUCGGCGGCUUUACAAUCGUAUAUAGGCACCGGUCGGCUGAGUGUGGCCAGUACCAUACACUAACAGUACAUUGGCGCACAAGGUGAUAGAAAGAGUGAAAGAGAGCUGCGUUCGUGAACAAAAAGAAAAAGAAAAAAAGAAAAAGGCGGAAACAAGGAAAACAAAAGAGAAUAGGAAAGCGCAACGCGGGACGGCCAAGGAAGAAGUCCUCCACUUCCAUCCACAAGCUUACUCCUACUAUAUAUACACCAAUGACGAAUGAAUAACUUGCCUCUAUUCGUUCGCACACCUACUUGCCUGUUAUCCUGUCGAUUUAUUCGUCUGAUGGAUUGCGCUUUACCCUCUCUCGGAUAACGAUGAGAAAACUUAGCGAUCUUUUGUCCUUUUUGGGGAACAAGACUAUUAUUCCGAUCAGCCAAUAGCGCUGCAAGGGCGUGAUAACAAAACGGAACGUAAAAGGAACCGAGAGCGAAAAAGUAGCGGUAUAGGAGGAUAAUCAAAAGCGAGAAAGAAAAAAAGAGGAGAACCCACGCGGACCACCCUUAACGAUGUACCCUUCUGAUUCUUCCUCUUCUUCUUGAGUACCCCCGCCACCUUGUCAAGCACCCACCCCCUCCUCUUUCUCUCUCUCGGGAUCCCACAACCCCCCUUCCCCCCUGUCGUAUAAGAAUGAGUGCAUCGCGUGUCUGGGACCAGUGCCAAACGGAUUGUGAUUCUGUGCGCACAGUUUUUCAAGUGUGACAACCCUUCGGCAAAGUGACCGGAAUCGGUGACGACAGGACAUUAGAUCACAAACACAUCCAUGCAUACACACGCACCAUUCGUGGCAUCUGUACAUAUACAUACAUAUAUAUAACGCACGUGUAUAUCUAUUACUCAUAUACAUAUAUCGUUGACGUGAGAGAGGCGGACGUCUAGAGUGAUAGUGUUAUACGAUAAUAUCGCGAUAAUUGUGGAAAACGUGAUCAUCAAUUGGUCGACAAUAAUGGAAAACAUACUCAGCCGGGAUCAGAGGACCACGUCCCAUCGGGUCCUUGACCGUGCCGCACAGAGCUACGCACUGAACUUAACAUCGACAUUGCCGCUUAAAUGCCAGGACGACGUCGUUGCGAGUAAUCGUUCCAUCGAAGCAACAAUUACAACAACGAUUAAUUGUGCUGAAAAAUGCUUGCCAUGCGAUUUGUAUCAUACGACGGCGUCUUACGACAAUCAAAUACAUCUAAUUCAUACCGCAUCCACAUCGAUUCACCGAUUCGUACCCACGUGGCUAUGGUUUUUCUGCUGGUUAAGUAUAUUUGCGGUUGUACUAGCAUCACCGACGCACCAUAAUACAACAAUGAACGACUCCUGUGACGAUAAGAAGAACGUAACAACAAUAGAUGAAUAUAUUCAAGAAAAAAUGGACACUGAACACAUGAAAUGGUGGGACCCUUGUGGCACUUAUACUGAUUUCGCUCCCAGCCCUGAUAUCCAGAACACCGAUAGCCAGACAGAGGUUGUAAGCGACGCACAUAUCAUAAGAAGUGUGAUCAUCCUAACGCACAAUGCAUUGACCCAUGCAACCAUGUUUCGGGAGCGUUAUAUCGAGGAGACUUUCAGGAUAAAGUACGAUUCCACUAAUUUACCGUCUGCAAACUGGAAUUACCAUUGGCUGCCUAAUAUACCUAAGAAAUUGGGAGAAACAUUAAGCGACGAGUAUCUCAACAGUAUAGACAUUGAUACGGCUCUCGUUGAUGCGUUUGAAUAUAUACAAAAAUAUGCAAUGGCUCUGGAACAGACGGUUUGGGACCAGGAACACUAUAAACUCGGCUUUUAUGAUCAAUUCAGGAAAAGCGAAUUCGAUUGCCGAAGUAUUCUUUGUGAGAUACAUGUUGCUAUAUUGGAGCGCGGAUUAACGCAACGAGAAAAUAUCGUGCGAUCAGCCAUGCCUCAAGAGUUUCGAGGAGAAUGUGUGAGAAAAAACGCGACGCAACGUAACGUACGGGACUGGAUAUGCUAUCGUGAAUAUAUGAACGGUCUCGAAUAUAUAUAUCAAGUGUUCCAUCACCUACAGUCGCGAUCUAAGCAAAUGUAACGCAACUCUGAAGAUGACGAGACGAAAGUUGGAAGAGGGUUACCAGACGACGAUUCCCCAUCUCCUAUCUUGGAAAAUCGACGCAACGCUGACUGGGUAUUCUACUAUUCUAAGAUAGAGAGAAGGAGGAUGGCAGAAUUAAUUGACAUUGUCGAAUCGUGGAAUAUCCCAUACGAUUGACAUAUUCAAUAUGUUCACCAUCUAUUUUCUCUCUAAUGAUAUGGCACAAUAUGCGUCAAGUAGAAUAGCAUAAAUUAGAAAGGGAAAUAAAAAUCAAAAAAUCGCGUCAUUACUGGUCAAUUGGUUUUCACCAUCACAUGCAUAUGUACACAAAAUUACACAUGUAUCGUUUUGCGCGAAAAUGCACUACAACGCAUUCGUGUAUUUGAUUUCACGCGCGAAAAAGAAAAUAGAUAUGAUAAGUCCAAUAAUUCGAUCGUCCAACGUUCAACACAAAUGUAUCUUGAGACAACUACAUAUCACGAUUAUCUAAUAUUCUAACGUGAUAUCUCUAUUAUUCUCGAUACAUUCUUCGUAUGAUAUUUUAAUAAUGUUGAAUACGAUCACGGUUUAACUUUAGUUUUUAAAUACUUAAAGAUUUGAGACUCUUUAUGAUACUUCUCUAUACGAACAAUAUUGCAAAAAUUAUCUGUUAUUACACACACGAUAUACACAAGAUUAAAGCACUCGAGAAAAUCAAGAACUAUCACGAAAAACAUUAUAAAACAAUCUCAAGUCGAUUUAUCUAGUAUAAUUAUCUGUGUAAUAUUUUGUUUAGAGAACCCAUGUCAGUUUGAAGAUGUGGAUACACUAUCUAUGCUCAAUGCUUAAAGCAACAAGUGAAAUGAGCAGAGGAAAUUAGUUUAGUAGGAAGAAAUUCAUUUAUGUUGUAGGCGCUGUAGGUUAUAAUCAAACACAGUAUUUUCGAUCUCUCGUGAUCAACGAACAGAGAAAAUUGCGUGUAUAAAUUACACUGUGCACGCGACAAUAAUUUUACAUUAUUAGAAAGAUUUCUUUUGCAGCAAUUCGUGCCUCAUAAUCUUAUAUAAUAAUUUAUUGACUAACUAUAAUAUUAGUAUAUCUAUAUUUAUUCAGAUUAUUUAUUUUAUUUUUAUAAAGAUUUUACACACUUUGAUUAAUUAUAUUUAAAGUAUCUAGUUGAGCUUAAAAGUGCCUAGUGUAUAAAAGAAAGAAGGAUAUAUCACAAUUAAGAUUCUGCGCGCACGUAUUUUACAUUUCGUGUGCACGGAGUUUUGUUAUCAUGAUAUCACUAUCAUAGUGCAAAAGGAGAAAAAUGCAGUCAACUCGAAGACCAUUCCAUACCGUUUGUCGCGCUGUUGUUAUUGCUUCCUUUUGUUGAUAUAUCUUCGCAGAUUAUAAAGACUCUCUAUCAAAGAAACGAGGCUCGUUAAUUUUGCACUUUCGAUUGCAUUUUGCAAUUAUUUCACUCGCAAUAAGAUCCUUCUAGUAUUAUAUUUUAUUUUAUACUAUCCUGUUUAAAAAGUAUCCUUUUACACGAUUUUUUUUUUUUUUUGUACUGACAUCGAUUUUUUUUUUGUUUUUAUUUUAAUAAAACGUGAGGCUGUUAGGAUUAUUGAGGAUUAUUAGCAACAGGCAUAUCAGAGGAAAAUUUGUUGUCAAUAUGGUAUGAUUUGUCGUCAAUAUGAGUUUACAAUCUUAUACAUAGAUCAAUAUUUGGCCGUUUUAUGUAUAUUUUAUUUAUAUAAUUACCAAUAUUUUUUUUAUAAAUUCAUACAAUAUAUAUUUUUUUAUUGUCUAAUAUAUUAUCAUUUACAUAAUUUCAAAUUAAAAAAAAUCAUAUGAUACGUCCUAUGCUAGUAAUCUUCAAAAUUAAUGUCAGAAGAAUUUUUUUGGUACUUACGACUCAAAGUCACGUGGCUACGUUUCGCAAAAGAGCGGUCACAAUAGAUAAAGUUACUGUGCGAUUACCUACGAAAAAAACCGCAUAUAUUAUCAUACGCCCUUAAUUAUACUUAAUUUUCACAUUAGUAGAAACUCGUAAGUUUAUUAUAAAUUUCAUGUAUAUGUGCGUACGAGAUUCAUCGUUGUCAUCGACACAAUUUUAAUGCGUUCGUCAUUAAAUCAUUAUUUGUACGCACACACGCAUCGUAUAAAGUGUAUUUUUAUUUCCAUUUGCGUCUGUGAUAUAUGCAUCCUAGAAUAUCCCUCAGGCGACUAAUUAUUCAUUACCGAAUUUUUCAUCACCGAAUCCAUUUUGCUUCCGUUUCAAUGAAAAAAAAGAGACAGAGAGAAAAAAGAAUGAAAAAAAAAGAGAAAAGAAGAAGAACAGAUGAGAAAACAUGGCAUAUUGUCUCGAAUUUUAAUUCACUAUUUGUAACCUGAUUUUAUUAUUUGUAAUUUAAAAUAACUGAUUGUUAUAUUAAAAUAAUAUUUUUUUGAAUAUAUUUCUACUAUAAAGUACUGAUAUUUUUCAUAUCACGAUAGGUCAAUUUAUAUUUUAAAAAAAUAUUAUUUUUUAUAAAUAUAAAAUCACAAAAUUUGCUGUAUAUAUUUUUAUAAACACAUUUUCUUUUUUAAAUAAUGCAGCAGCGCAGUGAAUUUUAGCGUUGAUUAAUAUGAAUAUGUCUUUCAUGCGCCUUUAAUCGGUCUCUCUGUCUUUUUUAAUUACAAGUUGAACAAUUGUAGAAAAAUGUAUGGAACGCAUAAAUAAAAAACCAUAUACGAUCGUAAAUAUUUUGAUUUAUUGUUAAAUUGAAUGGUCGCGGUCGCUUCAUACAUAUGUAUAUUGUAUAUAAAUAGAUCUGAUAAUAUUCUAUAAUAAUAAUAAUAAACUACGGAUUAUAAUUGUGGAUAUGCAAUAUGGAUAUAGGCUCAGAAUGUCCGCUACGUUGUAUCACAUUAUAUCAUAAACCAAAGACCGUUCAA